GAAAUUUCCAGCAAAAUACUUUGCUGAUACACAAUGCAUUGGUAAGGGUUUUAGACCUUUUGGUUUGCAGGUGAGAAAAGCAUGGUGUCGUGGCAGAUCAAUUAGGCUGCCUGUGCAACAAUAAAAUGAUGCAAGACUGUUGUUUGGCAUGGAUGAGUCAGAUUCUACAGCAGAAUGUUCCAUUGUUUCAGUUAAACAAAAAAAAAACAAUAAGAAAAAGAUGGAAAGAAAGUUCAAGCAAGUACAGGUACUGAAACUGGGUAAUUAACUGUUAGUUUUGAUAGGUUAAUUUUCACUAGAGUGCCACAGAACUGCAGGUAGGUUCCUGUUUUAGGACCAGUACCUGAUUGGUUAAAAUAUAUAGCGAGAAAAAUGCAGUGCCAGAGAGAACUAACAGUAUAAUCAUAUAUGUCUCUAAUUUCUUGGAGCAUAAAGAAAAGCAAAGAUGAAGAUACAGAGUGGUACUUGCAGACUGAUUGUGUAUGACUGUAUAGUUCAUUUAAAUGCUCAAUGAUGAGUUAUUCCACAAGGUUACUUACUGUUGGUGCUAACGUGGCAUAAAGGAGUCCUUCAGAGGAGCUGGGAUGGGUAAGAAUAUUCUGUUCACAUCUGAGUUUGGGAAGAUGCUUCUGUAUGUAACAUUUUGCGUUUCCCAUCCAAAAGAUGCCCUCUAAGGGCAUCUUUGUUAAUUCUUAUUUCUGAAAGAGAUGAGCUAAGCUGGGAGUAAGGAACUGAAUGAAUUCUACAUUUUCUUAUAUUGAUGAGUCUUCUUUCUUUGUAUUACGAUUUACAAUAUCAAAUAUAGCUUUGCAGCUCUUGGAGUAGGAGCUGUGCUGUGCUAAAUGUAUCAUAUUCUAGAGUCUGUGAAGGACUGUCAUUGUAUAAAAGAUUGCGAGAGAAUAACACUUUGUUAGAAUUUUACGUUUGAAAUUCUUCUCAGUUCUCAUGAAUGUAGACAGCUUAUUCUCGGAUCUUAACUACUUCAUGGAGAACUUCCUGAGUUCAGUUAUUGUUUUUCCUGACAAUUUUAGGGAGUGUGUUUAUUUGGAGGUGGAAUGGAGGAAAGAGGAUGUUUUUCAGAUACACUCAAGUUUUACAGUGUUUCUUUUAGAUGUACUCUGGCAGUUCUUUUGGUUGGUAAUCCCAUGCUGUAACCAGAAAGGCCUCGUGGUACUGAUUGUCCUUGGCCAUUUGAGUUGCUGCAGUUUCCUCAUCUCACAUUAAGCUUGUGUCAUGUUCCAUGAUGUAAUUUAUACUGGGGAGUCAUUCCAUUACUAGUUUAUAUAUAUAUAUUAAUAUAUAUAUAUAUUAAUUAUAUAUAGCUCUGAAAACCUGUUGACCAUUUUAUAUAUAUAUAUAUAUAUAUAUAAAACAACAUCCUUUCUGAGUUCAGGGCUUGUUGGGGCAUAAAAGAAAGCUGGGUUCUGUUGCUCCUGGUGUUGAGCCCACUGUAUAAGAACAUUGCUGCAGAGAUCUGUAUGUGAUUGCAUGAUGGGGAAAGAAUUACACAAAGCAGACUGGAUGUUCUACUCUCCUAAGCAGGAUUUACAGGAUUUAAGCAAAUCUGCUGGAAUUCCUUGAUCUCGUUCGUGCACCUUAUAGUUUGAGUAUGUUACCAGUACUCUGUGAUUGCUGUUAACUACCUUUAUUCUCAGGCUUUCACUGAAGACCUUUUAUGGAGGAAGCUCUGAUUUUUCUACAUUAUCCUGAACUUCAGACCUCAGUAUCUCUACUUAAGGAAAUGAAAGAAGCAUCCCGCUCCCUCAAAGCGGCAAGCACCCGGCCCUCCGGGAAACCGAGCUGGAGAGGGAGAAGAGGAGGCAGCAGCUGAGCCCAGCAGCAGAAUGAGACUGUGAAGCUUGAAGCUGCUGCCCACUUUGUACAGGAAGGAUGAGGAUCCCCAGAAUACUUAGGCUGUUGGUAGAGCUCUCGAGUCUGUUAUCGUGUCUCAGAUGCAGGAAGGCUCUCCUGGGAUCCCAGCCCAGCCAAAACCAUUUGCAGAGUGCAGUGUCCAGUGGGUGUGGCAUCGGACCUCUUGGGUACUACAAUGGCUCGUUGUCUGUCACUGAGGCUGGGGCAGAGUGCCUGAACUGGGCGGAGUUCCCUGAUUACGUUCAGCAGUACCCAGACCGUGGCUUAGGGAACCACAACCACUGCAGAAACCCAGAUGGGGGAACUACACCCUGGUGCUUCUUCCGGCUUGCAUCAGGGGCCAUCAGCUGGGCUAACUGUGACUGUAACCAAGGUGCUGUGCGGUUGGCUGAAGAUAGCAGUGUGGAGCUGUACUUUGGUGGACUCUGGGGUACCAUCUGUGCUGACCUCUGGACUGACUGGGAUGCCAGUGUUGUCUGCAGGCAGCUGGGUCUCAGUGAGAUUGGCACAGCUGGAAAGAAGAAUCAUCCUGGACUGUGGCCUAUUCCCCUGCACCUGCAGUCAGCAAACUGCCAUGGGGAUGAGAAAACCCUCUUGCAGUGUGGCUAUCAGGAAGCUGUGUCAGGAACAUGUAACCAGGGAAGCGCCAUGGUGACAUGUGUCCCUCCAGAAGGUGUAGGUGCUCCAUUGCGUUUAGUUGGGGGAAAGGAGAGCUUUGAAGGGCGCGUGGAGGUUUACCAUGAUGGCAAGUGGGGAACCAUCUGUGAUGACCAAUGGGACGACCGUGAUGCUGAAGUAGUUUGUAGGCAGCUGGGACUCAGUGGGAACCCAAAAGCCUUGUCAUGGGCUCACUAUGGGCAGGGAUCUGGCCCCAUCCUGCUAGAUGAGGUGGAGUGCUCAGGCAAUGAACUCUCACUUGACCAAUGCAAGAAGAGUGACUGGGGGCAACAAAACUGUGACCAUAUUGAAGAUGCUGGUGUCUCCUGUGACCCUUUUACAGAGGGCACUGUAAGGCUGACUGGUGGUCGCAGCCCCAGCGAAGGCAGGGUAGAAGUUUAUUACAAUGGAGACUGGGGCACAGUAUGUGAUGAUGGCUGGACAGAUCUCAGUGCCCAGGUGGUCUGCAGGCAGCUGGGCUUCAGUGGUCCUGCUACCCUGGCCUCUGAAGCGGACUAUGCUGCUGGCCAAGGCUUUAUCUUGCUGGAUGAUGUGGCUUGUGUGGGCACAGAGCUCUCCCUCCUGGACUGUCCCCAUAGCAACUGGGGGCAGCAUGACUGCUCACACGCUGAGGAUGUGGGAGUCCACUGUUCCCCUGAGAGCAACACGGUCACUGGCAGCCUGGGACCUCCUGUGCGGCUGGUGGAUGGAGAAAGCACCAAGGAGGGACGAGUUGAAGUAUUCCUGAAUGGACAAUGGGGCAGCGUCUGUGAUGAUGGCUGGACAGACAGAGAUGCUACAGUAGUUUGCAGGCAACUGGGGUUCAGUGGUGCAGCAAAAGCCAGGGCAAUGGCUUAUUUUGGUGAAGGCCAAGGGCCCAUCCAUCUGGACAGUGUAGAGUGUAGAGGCACAGAGCACGCCCUGGGGCAGUGUGUCAGGCCUGACACUGGGAUUCACAGCUGCUGGCACAGUGAAGAUGCUGGUGUGAUUUGUGACUAUGUGGAAGAGAAGGUCCAAGAUAUCAGGAGAGCAGGUCCAGAGUCCAGUGUGUGUGGCAUGCGCCUGCUUCACCGUCGCAAGAAAAGGAUCAUAGGUGGAAACAAAUCUCUCAGAGGUGGUUGGCCAUGGCAGGCCUCACUACGGUUGAAGGGUUUCCAGAGAGAUACCCGUCUGCUGUGUGGGGCAACACUGAUCAGCAGUUGCUGGGUAGUGACUGCAGCCCACUGCUUCAAAAGGUUUGGUGUUGAUGUGCGACGCUACCUGCUGCGGGUGGGUGACUACCACACAGGUGUGAAGGAUGAGUUUGAGAGAGAGCUGCCUGUGGAGCGGAUUGUCCUCCACAGGAACUACUGGGCUGGCAGCAAUGAUAAUGACAUUGCCCUGGUCCGAAUGCGAGGCAGAGAGGGGCACUGUCUCUCCUUCAAUAGCCACGUUCUGCCUAUCUGCCUUCCUGAUGGGAAAGAGAAGUCUGACAUAAACAGGCAAGCCUGCAUCAUCUCUGGCUGGGGAGACACAGGGAAGUCUUAUUCAAGAACACUACUGCAGGGGGUGGUGCCUCUUCUGCCACGGGAAGACUGUGAGGUUCGUUAUGGGCAGAAGUUCACGAACCGCAUGAUCUGUGCUGGGAACCUGUCUGAAGAUAAACGAGUGGACAGCUGCCAGGGUGACAGCGGAGGGCCCCUCAUGUGUCAGAAGUCAAAUGGACGCUGGAUCAUUUUGGGAAUCACUUCCUGGGGUUAUGGUUGUGGUCGGAAGGAUUCCCCUGGUGUGUACACAAAGGUCAGCAGAUACAUACCCUGGAUCAAGAAAGUGACCAAGCUAAAAUGAAAAUGUCUGAGCCCCAGGAACUUCAACGUAUCCCCAGGAACUUCAACGUAUUGUCCUUCUCCCUGCAGCAGCUGAAGGCUGUGGCUUCUGGCCUGUGACUGGUGGAAAUGUACGUUGUCAUUUGGACACUGGGAAAAUAAUUUAACAUAGAACUGGGAGAAAAACAGCAAUGAUUGGUUCUUUGGUCUCACUUUAGUUCCUAAUCUCUGAGCAGACAAAGCGAGUGCACACUGGUAGGAUGAAUUAGCCUGUGUUGUUCUGACUAUCUGAGUCCUGUAAUGCAAUCAGUGCUUAUUCCUUCAGCUCAACACACAGAAAUGGUAGAAAUGAAAAUAUGCCUAUCUCUGUAAAUCUGUUCACCAGUUUACUAUGUUCAUGCACUUGAAAAACACUGCAAAGAGAGGUGAGAUGCUUGGAAGCUGGCGCCAAACUCUGGCAUAUUUUUUCAUAACACGUCUCUCUGGAUUCCAUAAAUGAGAAUAUUUGACCUGAGCUGAGCAGCAGGCUAACAAUUGGCCUUUUUUUCCCCCCGUUAUGUCUCUGGGAGGAACCUUUUCUGAAUAUUAGAUUCUAAAAACGUCUGUCCCUGCUAAGAGGUGCUUGUCCCUCCAGCUGUAAUCCUUGUGCCACACAGUUCUGGUUGUCAGAUGCUACGGCUUUAUUGCUGCUUUCUCAAUAUAGUGGUUCUUCUGUGGUUUGUUUUUUGUUUCUCCAUAAAGCAGCAUCUCCUGGAAUCAGUUGUUUGUGUGAGAGUAAAUCUUCAUUUUUAAGAGAUGAUAGCUUUCUUGCUCUCAUGAUUACUUUAAAUGACUUAAAAAUGUGACUUCAAUGUGACUGGAAUAGACACCAUUACUUUUCUUUAAAUCCAAAUGUAGUGUUAAACAUUCAGGUGUUGAUUCACAGUUUAACAGCACUGCAGGGAAUUCAUCUUGAUAUUUUAUUCAUCAUUGUUAUUAACUGUCCUUUGUGAUCUUAGUCUUUAAUAUCUCUGUGUUCAUAGUUCUCCCAUGUAGCAUAGAAAUACUCUGGAGUAUGGACACCGAUCAAAUACUAGAGUGAGUAGUUUUCUUGAGGUACAAACCAGUUUCUUACAUUCCUGGAGUAUGUGCAGCCUUUGGACAACACUUCCUCUCCUUUUUACAGUUUCUCUUUUCAUUCCUCUCAGUGCAAGUGGAUUAGGUUCACUUGACUUUAGGGUCUGCAUUCAUUGCCAUCAAGCUACUUCUGUUUUAGGGUCAGACCUUCUCAACCUGGAUAGAAAUAAUACUGAGAGAAUACAAGUUGUGUUGAACACUUCAGUUUAUUCCUUCUCUCUUUCAAACAAAUGGACGUAAUUUUCUCCUCCAAGGCCUUAAUUACUUUCUAGGCUAACUGAUUAUUUUUGAGUAGGGAGAAAAAUACAAAAACAAAGGAGCUAAGUGCAAUAACAGUUGUGCAGCUCACAGUGGUGUGUUAUAGCUACAUGCAGCCAAGCCAGAGAGAAGACAGGUCUGUUCAUGAGCAGCCUUAGUGCAUGACCAAUGAUCCAAACAUGGAGUAAUAAUACAGUCUGAGACACAUGGAACUUGUGCCAAAUGUGCAUGUUUUGGGUUCACUCAGUCACACACUGGCCUGCUGCCUGCAAGGUCUGUACUCAAGGCACUGAGCUGUUUGGUACCUGGGAAAUAUCAAGGCAAGAAUGGAAGACAGCACAGCCUGUGGAUUGGCUAUGUCAUGCGAUAGGACAAGUGAUGAUAGUGUCUUAGAAAUUGCCUUGGGCUGAAGAAGCAGUGACUGCCAGAAGUUUUAAUUUGUCUUCUACAAAGCAGCUUAGUCUAAAAGUGCUGACCUGCGUAGGUGUCUGAUUUUUGGGUGUGAAUGCUAAACUAAACAGUUAAUUUACCCUCUCCUGUGAUUACUGUGCAGUUGGCUUACAAGUGCUUCAAUGGACUUUGAAAAUCAUACAUGGAAACUUUAUUUUUAAAAAGAAUUAAAGGAAUCUUUGAAACAUGUAAUGUCAGAACACCUGCAAAUUGCCCUUUGAGGCAGAUCUGAUCUGUUAGUGCUCUUUCUUGAGGGCCAAAUAUCUGCAGUGUGUUUGUGCUGAUAACUCUGUUUGAAGAGCUAGGCUUGGUCCUUGUAUUGCUGUGCUUGGCUCCAUGCUGGCUGUGUUGUCCUAUGACUGUUGACAGAGAGUACAGUACCUAAGGCACAAGCUGCAGACUGCUGGUUCUCUGUUAGGAAUUAAAAUGAGAGGAGAUCUGAGGACACUUGUGUUAUAGGCCUGAGUGGCAGUAGCUGUACCUGUCUGGGAAAUGGGGAAGGAUUUGGCUUUUACUUUCAGCCUCCCCCGAGCCUGAAUGCUACAGCAGCUCAAACACGGUGCUGUCACACCUCUCGUUUAACCUGGUUUGAACUUCUAGCUUAUACUCGUAACACCAGCAGGCUUAAAAAUAUAGAAAGGAUUGAAGGUUUUUCCUUAAGCCUACUUAACUUGUUGCCAUUCAAGUGUUAGAAAAAAUGCCUAUGCGACAUAAGUGAGACACAGACCUGGCACUGUAUUCUGUGAUUCCCAUGUUCCAAAUGAAAAUAUUUCCCCUGGAUUUUGUCACCAUGAAAGCUGUGAGAAUUACUGCAGUUAACAUUCUGUGAGUCCUGCAUGAGCCAGGAGGAAGGGAGGAAGUAUCUCACCUAGUUUUACACCUUAUUUGUGCUAAGCAAACUUGCAAACAUGCUUCUGAGUUGUCCUAACCUGUUUCAGAACAUCACUGUUUCUCUUUGCGGCCCAAACCAAACUCACAUGCUUUGCCACCAGGGCUUACUGGAAUCACCUGAUCAGAAGACCAGCACUCGGCUGCCCCAGAGUUGCAUUUUGUACCUGAUGUUGGCCAGCAGCAGACAUUUUAAAGGACAGUGCAAGUGCAUUUGUACUGAACAAGUUUUAACAGCCUUUUUCUUUUUUUUUUUUUCUGGGAAAUUUUGUUCUCAGACCAUUUGUAUUAAUUACUUGCGUUACCAUCGCUGUUCAAACUUAAAGUACUGGAACUUGUUCCUCCAGGCGUUGCUCAAACUCUAUAUGUUAUACUUUAAUGAUUUUUUUUUUCUGAAGUAUCAGUGUUUAUGUCCUGAACUUAAAAAAAACAAGCACAUUGUUUAUUGUAAACAUCCUUCCUCUUUCACAUGAAUGUUUAUUAUUUAAUCCCACUAAGCUCUACAGCCUCAGUAUUUUCCGACAAUGAGAACUAAUAUAAUUUCAUUCUCCACAGGACAUUUUACUUCUUAUAGACCCUGAAUGAGCUGCCUUUUGUUUUUACCGAAUCCCAUCUAUCCUUCUGUUCUCAACUAUGAGAGGAAAUAAGAGGCCUUGCUUUAUACUGUUGUCCAUUACGCUACAAACAGUCUUUUGAAAACUGUGGCUUCCCUGUCUCUCUUCAGUCCAAACUGCCCAGGUACCUGAUAACAUACGAGCUGUCUCUCCGUGCCUUCUCUUUCUGCUGGGUCUUUAAGCUUUGGUAACCAGAACUGAAAACAGUUUGUGAGGGGAAGAUGUGCCAUCUGCUGAUUACUUUCAGUAUUUUCAGUAGUGGGCAAUGCUGUAGGUGUUCAGUGCUAUCUGUGUAUUAUGUGUAUGUACUACCUUUGAACUUGACAGUGUGGUUUUAGUGGCAGCCCAUCUACAGCAAGGUGAAAAGCGACCAAGGUUAAUUCACCCAGUGUCUCUAGCAGGUGCAGCAGCCCCUCCAAGCUCAGCCAGCUGCUGUAUGUAUAUAUCUGUGGAGCAGAACGUGGCUCUGGGCAGGGAGUACCUGAUAAGCCCCUAACAGCAUUCGUUGUCUGGAUGAGGCUAAUGCCCAUGCUUCCCUUCCACAGACUGACAGUUUAUGGGGGCUCUUUGUGAGACAAGUUGCUGAAACAGUGUGGUACACAUUGGUUGAAUGAGAGACGGUACCACUGUGACUGGGGAGUAUUUGUUAAAUAGUGUCUAAGGAGCACCUGUUAAUGCUCCUCUUAGCCCUCUCCCUACAAGAAUACCCUGGUGCUCUACAAAAGCUGACCCAGUCCUAGUGCCUUCCUGCCCUGUAGGGGCUGCAUGGGAGCGCUCAUCAGCCCUGUAUUGACACCAGCCCAUGCCUUGGCCAGUUGAAGCUGGAUUAAAGAUUUACCCCUCUCCUGUAGCUGAAUGCUUUUCAGGUGUUUUAUAAGAAUUAUGUUCCGUGCUGUAAUUAAUCAGGCAGAUUACUCCUGUAAUCCUUGUACCUUUGUAGCCGAGAAUAACAAAUCAGUUCCUCAAAGGUAUUAGUGGAGAGAUUGGUUAGGAACCAGAAACAUGGGUAUUUGCUGUCUCAGGGAUAGGAAAACUGAGUCUGCUUUAUGUCUGUCUGCCUUAUGUUCUGAAGCCAAUAUUCUGAAGACUCUUCACUCCCAAAGUAACUGUGGUGAUCCGUCAGCCACUUAAAGACACAUUUUUAUGUAUAAGAGGGAAGGUUUUUAGUAGAUGAACAGCAGUGCCAUACGUAACAUCAUCUUGAUAGCUUUUCUGGGAGCUCCUUGCAUCUCGAGAAUGUGGGUAUGGGAAUAAAACACUCACUGGUGGUAACCAGCCUGGAACUGCUCCCAGUGGGACGAGGCACUGUGACCUGGAGCAAUGGCUCGGGCUAUGUUUUUACUUAGACAAGAAAAUAUUUAAUUCCCCACAUCAAGAAGGAACAUUCAUUCAGCCCACUCAGUCCUAUUAAAACCUCUUUCUACUAACAAGGGCCUGAGUAGCUCUGAAAUCAGUCUAGAGCCAAAACUGUCACGUCUCCUGGAUCAAAACCAAUGACUCACAAGAUAUGCUAAUAAAUUAAUUGUGCUGUGA